AGGUUCUUUCGGUUCUAUGUCCUUCACGAAUGUAUGAUACUUGUGCCAUGAUUUUGAGAAUACUUGUUCGUCUGCUGUUUGUUCUCAUGGGUUUAUCAGUACAAGAAAUCACGAAUUGUGUGUGAAAUAUGGAAAUAGAUCCAGGAACCAAAGAGGAAUAUAGUAUCAUUCAUUAUGGUGAAAUGUGUGGUUCAAAGUUAUACUAAAGAAAUAAUUCUCCAUUUGAUAUCAGUAUGAUCUUGCAUGGUGUAGGUUGCUAAGGUCAAUGAGAUACCUUCUGGUAAGCUUUAUUCGGCGCCUACCACUCCUUCAACUCUUGAAGACACACUUGAAACAGUGUCAACUGAUUCAAAGUAAACCUUUGUUCGAUAGUCGUUGAAAAUGCCAUCUUUUUAGGUGAGAAGAAGAUGGUCAAGGUCGGCGAACAAGAGGUUCUCCUUGUCAACCACGAGAACACAAUCUAUGCCCUCAAUCCUAAGUGUCCUCACCUUGGACUCAGUUUGAAGUCGGGCAAGAUCACAGACGAUGGACAAGGACCAGUCAUCACUUGCAAGUUUCACCAGAGCAAAUUUAACUUGAAGACUGGAGAGUGCGCUGCCUGGAGUCAGAGCUUUCUUGGAAUUCCAGGAACAGGCAUCAUUGGGGGAGUGGUCGGGAAUAUGGGUGGGCCCAAGCAUUCUCCGGCAACUGUUUAUUCCGUUGAGGUGGAUGGCGAAGGUUCAGUGAUGGUCGACAUUUCCAAGACAGGCCAAUCAGGCUGCAAGGUCUAAUGUUUGGAAAACAUUAAGUGCGACUUUGCAUGGUCAGGCCAAAUCAUCUUUUUGUGUGUCUAUUUACAUAUACUUGACGGGGAGAUUACUAGUCACAGUAUGACGUUCUCGCUUGUAAUCGGAGUUCUGUUGCAUUCUAGAAAUUCUCUUUUUCAACGAAUAAAUCAGAAAAAAAUCAA